CAUUUGUGAGGCGGCGCGCGCCAGUGAAUGAGCCAGGUGCGAGCCAUGGCGACCGGCACCUCCACCACGAUGCUGCGGGCGCGCCGCAAGGACAUCAACGUGAAGCCGAACCGCCGGCUGGACCGCCGCUCGUCGCGCGGCAUGAUCUUCGAGAACGAAGAGCUGCGCCUCCGCACCAUCAGCAUCAACGCCGAGGUCGAGAAAGGGCAGAACGAUAUCAAGAAGCUGAGGCGCGAGAACGAACAGCUGCGGCGGGAGAUCUGGGGCCUGCGCGACGAGUACGACCGCCUGGAGCAGCUGCUGGCCAAGCUGCAGCACCACCAGCAGAACUCCGGCUCUGAGGAGGAGAACGAGGAAGAGGGUGAGCUGGAGCAGGAGCAGGAGCAGGAGCACGAGAGCGACGGCAACGGCACGGUGGCGGAGAACGCGCGGAACCAGCAGAAGAUGUCGCGGGAGCUGAGCGGCGAGACGGAGGACGGCGGGGAGGAGGGGGAGCCGGCGGAGCGCAUCGCGGCCGAGCUGGUGGCGGCGCACCGCGUGCACGAGCUGUGCGCGCGCGUCGGCGGGCCCAGGUGCUGCUUAACCAAAGGCCGAGGGUACCAACCAGUUCACAAAAGCUCAAAGAUUCUUUGCACCAUAUUAUAAACUGGACAACGUGAUUAUUGUGCCUCAUCUCUCACAAUAACGUACAUCGUAUAAUUACGUUCUUGUAGAUAAUUUGAAUGUAUAAUACAAAUGCAUAAAUCAAAACAUUCCCUUUUAAUUA